UGUACGCUAAUGAUUUUUUGUAUAUAAAGUGUUGGAUUAAUAAUAGCAUUAAGUAAUGUCAUUACGUCUCUGAUAUAUAGCAGAGCACAUCGUCUCGUUGCAUUCAUUCCAUCUAAUUUGAGCAUAAUCCAUCCUUCAUCACCAAGCCAAAUCCGAAGAGGAGGGCUUCAGAAAUGAGUCAGAAGGGUUUGAUUUACAGCUUUGUCGCCAAAGGAACCGUUGUUCUAGCAGAGCACACUCCUUUUUCUGGAAACUUUAGCACCAUCGCUGUUCAAUGUCUCCAGAAGCUUCCCACUAAUAGCAGCAAGUACACUUACUCUUGCGAUGGCCACACUUUCAAUUUCCUUGUCGACGACACUGGUUUUGUGUUUCUUGUGGUUGCUGAUGAGUCCACUGGAAGAAGUGUUCCUUUUGUGUUCCUUGAACGGGUCAAAGAAGACUUCAAGAAGCGGUACGAGGCGAGUAUAAAGAAUGAUGACCCACACCCUCUUGCUGAUGAUGAUGACGAAGAAGAUUUGUUUGGUGAUCGGUUUAGCAUCGCGUACAAUCUUGACAGGGAGUUCGGCCCUAUACUUAAGGAGCAUAUGCAGUAUUGUAUGAGCCAUCCAGAAGAGAUGAGUAAACUUUCAAAGUUGAAGGCACAGAUAAAUGAUGUCAAGGGAAUCAUGAUGGACAACAUUGAGAAGGUUCUGGACAGAGGAGAGAAGAUUGAACUUCUGGUUGACAAAACGGAGAACCUUCAGUUCCAAGCGGAUAGUUUCCAGAGACAAGGGAGACAGCUAAGAAGGAAGAUGUGGAUACAGAGCCUGCAGAUGAAGCUGAUGGUGGGUGGUGCUGUUAUGUCCUUUAUUCUCAUCGUUUGGGUUGUUGCUUGCGGAGGUUUUAAGUGCUCGUCAUGAUGUUUGGUUUCGUUUGUAUCUCUUUGAUCAUCAUCACCUUGCGUAAGACACAUACUCAUGUUUGUACAUGUUGGAACUUAUAGUAUCAUCAUCAUCAUCAUCAUUCCCACAAGCUAUCUACAAUAUAUAUAUUAAAAAAAGUUUUUUUUUUUUGUGAUUUCAAGUUUUGGCUUGUGUUGUUUUAUAACUGACUUUUGAAUAAGUGCUAAAAAAUUUGCAUUUGCAUA